AUGGCCGUUUCUCUUCAUCGCUCAAACAUGCUUGGCAUGCAAAAUAUCAUGUCACGAUUGGGGCCCUACAUCGGUCUUCGCCCUCGUUCUCAACUUGGCGCUAACCGCGGUCUACCUCGCCAUCUAAGCUACGACUGCUGCGACUGUGACAUUACGGCCGGGCAACACAUCUGUCAAUCAUGUAUCGUUAGCCAAUAUGGUAUGGAUGCGGGUUACUACGGCUGUACCUGCUCUCUCUGCGACUUUUGUGAUGACGCAUAUGCUGGAGGAUACUCUGGAGGGUUUUCUGGCCGUGGAGGAGCAUACGGAGGUGGUUGUUACUACGAUCCGAGAAUGUAAGUAAGGCUUCCUUUUCCGAAAAACUUCUCAAGAAGUCUCACUUGUGCUUCUACUUCACGUAGCUUUCUGACAUGCCGGAUCAUAGGGAAUAUGUUCCUCGCCAGCGAACAGUUUCGUGGUACAAUAGCCUUGGCUUCAACAACGUUUUCGGAGGGAGAGGUGGAAUCAUGAGCCGAAGACGAGCUUUUUACUGAUUCCCUCAAUCACCGUGGUCUCUCGCUCUGCGUUUUAUCAGGGAUCUGGGUCUUAUUUCCUUUCCUUUUGCUUUUAUAAAUUCGAAAUCUUCUUUGUGUGUAAAUAAUUAGUUACCCCAUGGCUUUGCGGAGUUGACUGGCGGUAUUCGGUAAGUUCAAAUCUAUCACUUCAACAUAUCCAUCCCUCUCUACUAACAUUUCUCAAUAGUUUUCACUUUAUGAUUGCUUUUGAGCUUGAACUAACUUCACGAUUGCUUCAUACUUCAUGAAACCUUUCCGAAGCUUUUCUUUUCAAGUUUGGGUCUGGGUCUGUUGGGUCUGGCUUAA